AAAUGAUAAAACUGAUCAUAAACUCAAAUGAGUCAAUUCUCAUCUUCAUUUUUCAUCACAGUGACCAAUAAAAUGGCUAUGGAGAUCGAGAGUUUCUAUACCUUUGGGCCUCACAAGAUUAGCAGCAAAGAUGUCUUUUACACGACCCACCUAUCCUUUGCCUUUGUCAAUCUCCGUCCUGUUCUUCCGGGUCAUGUUCUUGUGUGCCCACUACGUGAAGUGAAACGCUUUGCUGAUCUAACUACUGAUGAGACCAACGAUUUAUGGACCGCAGCUCAUAAAAUCUCUGGUCCGCUCCAGAGCUACCACAAAGCACCAUCCCUCACAUUCACAAUACAAGAUGGAACCCAAGCAGGACAAAGUGUACCCCAUGUUCACAUCCAUAUUGUUCCACAGAAAGUUAGUGAUUACCAGAAGAAUGAUGAUAUAAAUGAAGCUAUUGAUGACAGUGAUAAGAAACUUAAGCAAAAGGUCGAUUCAGACAUUGAAUGGAAGGACAGAAGUCCUGAGGAUAGGGCUCAAGAAGCAGAAGAAUAUAGAAAGUUUUUCUUGUAGUCUUUACAAUUGCAGCAUUGCCUGUGGUGCUUAUGUUUUUCUGUGACUAUUACGAGUCUACACUUUUACAAUUUUUCUUGUUGAAUUUGUUGAGUGAAUAUCUAGUACAGACGAGUUCAAACUGAGGUGUUUUAUUCUACUGCUUUCAAUGAAUGUGAUAGAAGGGACUAUGAGAGAAUUUAGAAAGCCAAUUCUCUUUAUACCAA